UCUGUGUCUCUCUCUAUGAGGCGCUAGAAAUCUCUAUGCAUCGGAGCCCUAACAAUCUUGCUCGGUUAGUCACCGCUGCUCUUUUCUUCUCACAAUCGAGAACGACUUAAACCUUGCUUCCUACAUAUGUUUUUGCUGCCAUUUCAGAAGUCCAGAAGUAACCAUAAUAUAGCUAUGCUUGACAAUGAUUGCAGCCACAUAGGGUCAUAUUCCAGCCAUACUUUUGUUGAACCAACUACUGAAAGGCUCACCUGGGAUAGUCAUGCUUUCAGUCAUCCUUUAAGAAAAGAUUCAGACAAUUUUGGGAAUUCUCAAAAAUUUAUACCAGGCGAAAGUUAUUCUAUUCUUCAAUCUCCUAGUUUUCAGCACUGGUUCAAAAAUUGGCAAGAGAAAAGAAAGCACAAACUUACGGCAAGCACUUUUGGUGGGGCUAUUGGUUUUUGGCCUCGCAGGAGGGUUCAGCUCUGGCUGGAGAAGCUUGGGGCGAUCGAGCCAUUUUCUGGUAAUUUGGCCACACAUUGGAACAACAUCAAAGAAGACGAAGCACUUGAAAGGUACAAACUUAUAACAGGAAACACAGUUUUAUUUCCUGAAUUUCAGGUCUAUCAUGAUAGCAUCCCGGAACAUGAUUGGCUAGCAGCUUCACCAGAUGGGGUAGUUGACCAGUUUGUGCAUGAUUUGCCUUCCCGAGGAGUGCUAGAGAUCAAGUGCCCAUUUUUUCGUGGAGAUAUGAGGCAAGCUUCACCUUGGAAGCGGAUUCCUGUUUAUUAUAUUCCACAAGCUCAGGGUUUGAUGGAAAUACUGGACAGGGAUUGGAUGGAUUUGUACGUUUGGACCCUUAAUGGCAGUAGUCUUUUCAGGUUAUAUCGAGAUGCAGAUUACUGGGAUGUCCUGAGAUUGGCACUUUCUGAUUUCUGGUGGAAGCAUGUGCAGCCAGCAAGGGAAAUCUGCAGCAGAUCUAUGAUCACAGAUCCCCUUAACCAGUUAAGUUAUCUCAGGCCAGAACCUAAGCAUGAGCUAUUUCGCUAUAUCAUCUAUGAAAGUCAACAGAUUGUUGAUGACUCAAAGUUACUAAUGCGUGAAAUCCAUGGAACGCUACAAAACUGAUGCUUCUUUGUGCAUAGAACUGGGCCUUUUUAUAUGGUUGAAGGGAAAUGAAAAUUGUUUUGCAAAUAGCAAGUUCUUGGAAAAGUGGGAUUAAUUUUACUGCCACAAUUCACAAUUCAAGGUUGGAGAUUUAGGAUGGCAUUACUGUUUCUGGUGUCUGGCUGGAAUUAAAGAUACAGAUCAUUCACUCUGAGAAGGUAUCACAAUACUUUCUCGUGAAUUCCUUGUUCCAUGCCUUCAUAUUCUUGAUCCUAUAGCUUCGACUGCUAUGUAUCAUUGUCUUGAAUAUUGUGGACUAUGGUCUCCAGGCGCUCUAGAAUAUAUUUCUCAUGGGAAAAAAUAUUCAUUGCAGCAGGCUAUCUUCAGAAUGCUAGGAUACUGGGCUUUGAUCCCUCCCUUUUCAUCUGUGGGGAAGUUUUACAAGAUGAUAGUUUCCUCUCCAUGGUUGGGUUAAGUUAAUUUCUUGUAGAAGAUCAAAAGGGGACUCAAAAAAAGUGGUUUCUGGGGAGUUGAAAAGAAUUUAUAAGUCAUGUUGCUGAACGAGUUUAGUCUAGGAUCAAGAUUCAUCGUGCUUCAGUUUCUGGGAUGUGGAAAAUCAUUGGGCUUAAAGACUGACUUGGGAUGAAUGCUUUAAGCCAUGUCCAUCAUGACCCCCAAGAGCUUUCAUAAUCCUGAUCAAGUUCUGGCACGCCAGUUGAUCUGGUGACUUUUCUUCGGCGCUAGCCUAACCUAACUGUUGGAUAACAGUUUUUGUCAUCCUUAUGAAUCUUGGGCUGACCCUUUUUACUGGUAAAGUUGUCACAUUAAACUUUCUUGCCCCAUUUGCAUUUUCUUUUCCCCUUCAUUUGCAAGUUCAAGGAAAAGAACCUACAAAAAGAAAGAAAGAAGGAAGGAAGAAUGAGAAUGUAAGGAUUGCUGAAUAAAAUCCUUGUAUGUCCUACAAGAGGUUAAAGCCAUUUUCCUACAUUGACAUGUAAUGAUAUAUCAUAAAAUUAAUCUCUUGACAAGGAACAGGUCGGGAUAGAGAUUGAGGCAUCCCUUGGCUACUGUCAGAAAAUCCUGAGGCAUUGAGAAAUCAUUUUCAUAUUCU